GCAAAACCGAGCUCUGUAGCAACUUCGUGUUGGGUCGCUGCAACUUUGGCGAGCGCUGCAAAUUCGGCCACGACCUGUCGGAGUACGUGCGCUCGAAGCCAGCGGACCUGCCGGGGACCUGCCCCUGGACUGCCGUACAAGCCACGUGCCCGUACGGCAUCACCUGCCGCUACGCCCUCAGCCACGGGGUGGACGACGAGGCACACAAGCUGCUAGCGGCCACUCCGGCGCAGCAACCGCCACAACCGCCAUCGCUAGAGCCGCAGCCCGCCGCCGAGGGCGCGGCGGCACCGGCGGCGGGCGCCGAGGGCACCCCGGCUGUUGCUGCCGCAGCCGCCGCGACGGAGGCGGCUGAGGCGCCGGCUGGGAGCGGCAUUCCAGCGCAGUUGCCGCUGCCGUUGCCGCUGCCCACGUCGAUCGAGAAGGAGGUGAACUCGUUGAGCCGCGAGGUGCAGACGCAGCUUUGGAAGAACAGGUACGACUUCAGUCGUGCGGACGGCAUCCUGCGCUCCAUGGGUCUGCGCAUCUCCUUCAAGCAUGAGCCCAAGCCGCUGUCAGGGGGGCGCCCCGGCGGUGACGGCAAGGGCGACGGAGAGCAGAAGGACGGUCCGGCGGCCUCCGCUGCUACUGCUGCUGCUGCUCCGGAGGCGGCGGUGGCAGCGGCACAGCCGGGGCAAGAGCCGCUACAGCAGGUUGCGGAGCCGGCUGUUGCUGCUGCCGGGGCUCCUGACGCCAUGCAGACGGACGGCGCUGUGCAGACUUCGACGGGAGCAGAAGCAACAGCCCCUGACGGCGUUCCGUCCGUCGCAGCCGCUGGGGAAGCCCCCGAAGAGGCCCCCGCUGCCAAGCGUCAGCGGUUAGACAGCGACGCCGCUGCGGUAGCAACGCUGGUAGCGGAGCAAGACGCCCCCGCCGCAGCUGCUACCGCUGCCCCGGCCACCGCCUCUGCUGCUGCUGCCGCUGCUCAGGAGGCUCGCAGCCAGCACGUGGAGGUGCCGCUGCGCCCGGUGGAGCGGCGGGUGCCGGACUUCCGGGGGAAGACCUACCUGGCGCCGCUGACAACGGUGGGGAACCUGCCCUUCAGGCGCAUCUGCAAGUCUCUGGGUGUUGAUGUGACGUGCGGCGAGAUGGCUCUGGCCACCAACCUGCUGCAGGGGCAGGCCAGCGAGUGGGCGCUGCUCAAGAGGCACCCCAGCGAGGACUUCUUCGGAGUGCAGAUCUGCGGCGGCUACCCCGACGCCGUGUCCCGCUGCUGCCAGCUGCUGGGGGAGCACCUGCAGGCGGACUUUGUGGACAUCAACAUGGGCUGCCCCAUCGACCUGGUGUGCGACAAGAGUGCGGGCAGCGCGCUGCUGCGGCAGCCCCGCCGCAUCGAGCAGAUCGUGCGCUCCGCCUCCGCCGCACUGGGGGAGCGUACGGCACUCACCUUCAAGACGCGCAAGGGCUACAACGACGGAGAGGACGUCGCGCACACCUUCCUGCACCGGGCUCGCGAGUGGGGCGCCGCCGCGGUGACGCUGCACGGGCGCACCCGGCAGCAGCGCUACAGCAAGCUGGCGGACUGGGGGUACAUCCGGAGUUGCGCCUCCUCCUGCGCGGCUGCGGGCCUGCAGCUGAUCGGCAACGGCGACGUCUUCUCCUUCACGGACUGGAACGCGCACAUGCAGCAGGCGGCGGAGGCAGCGGCAGACGGAGAGGGCGGUGGAGCAGCAGGCGGCUUGGCGGCGCUGAUGGUGGGGCGUGGGGCGCUCAUCAAACCCUGGAUCUUCACAGAGAUCAAGGAGCAGCGGCACUGGGACAUCUCCGCCGGCGAGCGGCUGGACCUGUACCGCUCCUUCUGCGCAGCGGGUCUGGAGCACUGGGGCAGUGACGGACGCGGGGUGGAGACCACUCGGCGCUUCCUGCUGGAGUGGCUGUCGUUCAGCUGCAGGUACGUGCCGGUGGGGCUGCUCGAGGUGCUGCCCCAGCAGAUGAACCACCGCCCGCCCGCCUACCGCGGCCGCUCAGACCUGGAGACACUGCUGGCAAGCGAGGAGCCGCAGGACUGGGUGCGCAUCAGCGAGAUGCUGCUGGGUCCGCCCCCCGCGCCCAUCUCCUUUGCGCCCAAGCAUAAGAGCAGCUCCUACGCGGCGGCACCCGGGGCGGCCAGCGAGCUGGAUAUGGCGC